UUUACUAGUUGAGUUUGUGUUGAGAGAGAGAGAGAGAGAGAGAGAGAGAGGGGACGAUGGCGGACGAGCAGCCAACAGUGGCCGGAAGGCGCAGGAGCAGAGGAUCCGUCUCCUCGUCACGCUCCGAAGCCCUAGAACGCCUGAAAUCCCUCCGCGGCGGCGACCGCCGCGGCGGCGGGUACCAGAUCAAGAUGGAAGACCCCAUCUACGACACGGUCGCCGACGACGAGUACGACGCCCUCGUCUCGAAGCGUCGCGAGGAGUUCCGAGGGUUCAUCGUCGACGACGAUGGCCUCGGGUACGGCGACGAGGGCCAGGAGGAGGACUGGACCAUGGCCGGAGUCCCCCUCUCCGACGAGUCCGAGGGCGAAAUCGAGAGACCCAACAAGCAGAAGAAGAAGGCGGCUGCCGAAAAGAAGAAGGAUCCGUCACAGCCGCCUAAAAAGCCCUCGGCUCUGUCCACCGCGGCCGCGUUGAUGGGUAAGCAACGCCUCUCCAAUAUGUUCACUACUUCUGCUUUUAAUAAGAAGAGUAGUAGUAGUAAUAGAAAGGAUGAUAAGGGGAACAAUUUGUCUUGUGAUAGUAUUGUUGACGAUAUUAUUGCCGAAUUUGCCCCUGAUGAGUCCGACCGGGAGAGGCGGCGGAGGGGGCACUCGAAUUUAGUCUCAGGGUUUGUGAGCACUACUUCUACUACUAGGUCAAUUAAGAAUGAAAACCCUACUUUUGAUAGUGUUGAUAGGACGGUUAAGCGCGAGCCAGCUAGGGCUAGUUCAAAUGAAGAACAGGAAAUUGUAGGGGCCAAGGAGAGUGAGUUGAUAAGGGAAGCUGAAACUGGAAUGGAUUUGGAUUCUAAGAUCAGUGGCGAUUCGGGUUUGCAAUUAGUUGAAUGUUCAACGAGGGGGUUGGUGGAUAAGGAGAGCAUGGUGAAUGGAAUUGAAGCGAAGGUGGAGCCGGAGGUGAAAGAGGGGGGUUUUACUCUCAAUGCCAUGAUCAAGGAGGAAAAGAAUCCGGCAUUGAGUGCAACUGCUGGGUGGCAGGCGGUUAGGAAUGCAGGAAAUGGGAGUAUCGGGCUCGAUGGAGGUGAGAUGAAUCCUGCUUUGAACAGUGAAGAGAAACCUGAUUUUGAGCUAGAUUCGGACGGGUCAUUGCCUUUCUACAUACUUGAUGCUCACGAGGAGUUUUAUGGUGCUAACGCGGGUAACGUUUAUCUGUUUGGGAAGGUUAAAGCAGGAAGCACAUACUCCAGUUGCUGUGUGAUUGUAAAGAACAUGCAAAGAUGCGUCUACGCAAUUCCAAAUGGAUCUCUGUUUCAGUAUGACAUUAUUAUGAAGCUUGAGAAAGAUGUUGAAGAGUCGCUAAUUUCUUCUACAUGUUUUCGUUCCAAGUUGCAAGAGAUGGCAUCAGGAUUGAAGAUUGAAAUAGCAAAACAGUUAUUGGAUCGUAAUGUUUCAAGUUUUAGCAUGGCUCCUGUUAAGAGAAGCUAUGCAUUUGAGCGACCUGACAUACCUAUUGGGGAAAAUUACGUCCUCAAGAUCAAUUAUCCCUUUAGGGACCCACCACUUCCUUCAGACCUCAAGGGGGAACUGUUCUCUGCUUUGCUUGGAACUCAUAACAGUGCUUUGGAGCUAUUUCUAGUUAAGAGGAAGAUAAAGGGACCUUCCUGGCUAUCAAUUUCAAAAUUUUCCAACUGCCCAGCUCAGCGUGUAAGCUGGUGCAAGUUCGAGGUGGUUGUUGAUUGUCCAAAGGAUAUACAAAUUUCAAGUUCCUCAAAGAAUUCAGCGGUGAUUCCUCCAGUUGUUGUUACAGCAAUAAAUCUGAAAACUAUCAUCAGUGAAAAACAGAACGUGAAUGAAAUUGUAUCUGCAUCUAUAAUCUGCUGCCACAAGGCCAAGGUUGACACUCCCACAUUAGCCUCAGAAUGGACGAGGCCAGGGAUGCUUAGCCACUUUUCUGUUGUCCGUAAGCUUGAUGGAGGCAUAUUUCCAAUGGGAUUUACUAAAGAGAUCAAUGAUAGAAAUUCAUUGUCUGGACCAAAUGUCAUCAGCAUUGAAAGCAGUGAGAGGGCUUUAUUAAACCGUCUGAUGAUUGAACUACACAAAUUAGACAGUGAUGUUCUUGUUGGGCACAAUAUUUCUGGGUUUGAUCUGGAUGUGCUGCUUCAUAGAGCUCAGGCUUGCAGGGUCCCUAGCAACAUGUGGUCCAAAAUAGGCCGUCUCAAGCGCUCUGCAAUGCCUAAGCUUACUAAAGGAAGCACAAUCUUUGGGUCUGGUGCCAGUCCAGGGAUUAUGUCCUGCAUUGCUGGGAGGCUUUUAUGCGACACAUUUUUGUCUUCUCGUGAGCUGUUGAGAGAGGUCAGUUAUUCUUUGACACACCUGGCAAAGACUCAGCUGAAGAAAGACCGGAAGGAGAUUGCGCCACACGAUAUUCGCUUGAUGUUUCAAAGUUCUGAAUCCCUUAUGGAUCUUAUUGAAUGUAGUGAAACUGAUGCAUGGUUAUCUGUGGAACUCAUGUUUCAUUUGAGUAUUCUUCCCCUCACUCGUCAACUGACUAAUAUCAGUGGUAACCUCUGGGGUAAAACUCUCCAGGGUGCUAGGGCGCAAAGAGUAGAAUAUCUUUUGCUGCAUGCAUUCCAUGCAAAGAAAUAUAUUGUCCCAGACAAGUUUUCUCCUUAUCCAAAGGAGACAAAAGUUAUGAAACGUAAAGUGAAUGAUGCUGAGAACAAGGAAAUUGAUGGUUUGGAUGUCGACAAUGCGAAUUUUGAGAAUGAUUCAACAAACAGUGAUCAUGGAAAAGCCAAAAAAGGACCUUCUUAUGCAGGUGGAUUGGUCUUGGAGCCAAAAAGAGGGUUGUAUGACAAAUAUAUUUUACUUCUGGACUUCAAUAGUCUUUACCCCUCUAUAAUUCAGGAGUACAAUAUAUGCUUCACAACUGUUCAAAGACCUGCCGACGGUUCAGUUCCUCGUUUACCAUCUAGUAAAAAGACUGGAGUUUUGCCAGAGUUGCUGAAAAAUUUGGUCGAGAGAAGGAGACUGGUGAAGUCAUGGCUAAAAAAUGCAUCCGGUCUUAAGGUCCAACAGCUUGACAUACAGCAGCAAGCACUGAAACUCACUGCUAACAGUAUGUAUGGUUGCCUGGGGUUUUCCAACUCCAGAUUCUUUGCAAAACCGCUUGCAGAACUGAUAACACUACAAGGAAGGGAGAUCCUUCAAAGUACUGUUGAUCUAGUUCAGAAUAACUUAAACUUAGAGGUGAUAUAUGGUGAUACAGAUUCAAUCAUGAUAUACACUGGCCUUGAUGAUAUCGGAAAAGCUAAAGUGAUUGCAGGAAAGGUCAUCCAAGAGGUCAACAAAAAAUACAGGUGUUUAGAAAUUGACCUUGAUGGCUUGUACAAGAGAAUGCUGCUUCUCAAGAAAAAGAAAUAUGCAGCUGUCAAAGUGCAGUCUAAGGAUGGGACACUACACGAGGAUAUUGAGCGAAAAGGUCUUGAUAUGGUUCGUCGUGACUGGAGCUUGCUAUCAAAGAAGCUGGGAGAUUUCUGCCUUGAUCAAAUACUCUCCGGAGGGUCAUGUGAGGAUGUCGUUGAAUCAAUACACAAGAAACUCAUGGAGGUACAAGAGGAGAUGAGGAAUGGACAAGUGCCAUUGGAGGAAUACGUCAUCACGAAGUCAUUAACCAAACCACCAGAAGCCUACCCAGAUGCCAAGAACCAGCCACACGUUGAAGUUGCACUUAGACUGAAGAGAAACGGCCACUCCACUGGUUGCUCUGCUGGGGAUACAGUUCCUUAUGUAAUUUGUUGUGAGCAGGGGGCUAGUUCAGAUACUUCUACAGGGAUUGCUCAGCGAGCAAGACAUCCAGAUGAAUUGAAAAGAGACAAUGGAAAAUGGAUGGUUGACAUUGCUUAUUACCUGUCACAGCAGAUCCAUCCUGUUGUAUCACGGCUGUGUGCUUCAAUUCAGGGUACAAGCCCAGCACGUUUGGCUGAUUGUUUGGGGCUUGACUCAUCAAAGUUCCAAAGUAAAUCCAGUGACGGUGUCGAUAACGAUGCUUCCAGCUUGCUCUUGUGUGGAGUAAAUGACGAUGAGCGAUAUGGAGGCUGUGAGCCUUUGACUUUAUCUUGUCCUAGCUGCUCUGGUACUUUUGAAUGUCCAACUGUGUUGAGUUCCAUUCGUGCAUUAAUCAGUGACAAGAAAACAGACUCGAAGUCAGAGGAAUCCUCUCAAUCUUUUUGGCACAAUUUGCAUUGUGCUAAAUGCCCGGAUGAAGGUGAUGUGGGCAGAAUAUCUCCAGCAUUGAUAGCCAAUCAGGUCAAGAGGCAAACAGAAGGAUUCAUUUCAACAUACUAUAAGGGCUUAAUGACGUGUGAUGAUGAAACUUGCAAGUACAUGACUCGAAGUCUAAACUUGCGGGUAAUUGGUGAUUCUGAAAGAGGAACAGUUUGUCCAAAUUAUCCUCGCUGUAACGGCCAUCUCAUAAGAAAGUACACUGAAGCGGAUCUGUACAAGCAGCUUACUUAUUUCUGCCACGUGUUGGAUACUGUACGCUGUAUUGAGAAGAUAGAGCAUAAUAUCAGGAUACCAGCGGAGAAAGAGCUAGCAAGAAUCCGACCACUGGUUGAUUUGGCGGCAUCAACAGCACAAAGGGUCCGUGACCGGUGUGCCUUUGGGUGGGUGCAGCUGAAGGAUCUCAUUGUCACAAUUUGAUAGCUGACAGGAACACCAAGAUGUUAGAUGUCAGUUUGAUUCUUGUACCAGUGUCUUUGUAAAAUAGGAGGAAAACUAAUAAAUCUUUGUAAAAUUCCAUUUUAUUGAACAGAUUACACCCCUAAAGCCAGCAAUGGAAUGUAAGCUAUAUCUAGGAAUGAAAUCUGCUGUCACUAUUAGACUCA